ACGUCAUCAACAGUGUAACCCAUCUUCAGGCCGAUGAAACCUUAGUUCGGCUUUAGGUUACACCCCCUCACCCCCUCAUCAUUUACAAUUAUAUUGCAAAAAUCGCGGAAUUGUCCAUUUAUCCACCCUAACUCUUCAACAACAACAGUCCAUUUAUCCAGAUCACCACAUCAUGGAUUUUGAUAGCAGCACUGACCCAGCAGCUGAGUUCCUGGCUCGUGAGCAGGACCAGCUGGCAGGCAUUGGGGAUGACAUCAUCACCGGCACUGAGCCGGCAGCAGCACCUGCAGAUGAGGAGACGCUGGACGCCGGCGCCUCGCCGGAUAACCAAGGCUUCGAGAUCCUCGGAACGGAGGGCCGGGGGGACGCGGGCUUUGACCCGAUCUCAGCUCCGCUGGACGCGGGACCGGCCGGUGACGUCCAGCCCCAGGCGCCGGCACCAGCGGCGGCCCCGUCCCCGACCCCCGUGCCGCGGAUAGAGCCGGAGAAGAUCCGACGCUGGCGCGAGGAGCAGAAGGCACGGCUGGAGGAGAAAGAUGAGGAGGAGGAGCGUAAGAAGGCUGAGUGGCGGGAGGCGGCCAAGAAGGAGCUCGAGGACUGGUACAAGCAGCACGAGGAGUCGGUCUCCAAGACGCGCGCCGCCAACAGGGCCGCCGAAAAGGAGCUGGUCAGCGGCGAGGCCAAGUCGACCGAGCGGGCCGCCGACUGGGAACAGAUCGCCAAACUGUGCGAGUUCAACCCCAAGGUCAGCCGCAACACCAAGGACACGUCGCGCAUGCGCAGUCUGAUCCUGCAGCUGAAGCAGAACCCGCCCGUCAAGUCCGGCUGAGCGGCGCGAGCCGGUCGCUGCCGGUGGUCUGGAGAGGUGUCCUUUAAGGGCGCACCGUGUCGCUAUACCGGCCAACGACCGGGCCAAAGACAGUCGUGGUAUAGCAUGGCUCCCUCGUGGCGCCGACAUCUACGCCCGGUGUGCCGUGUAGGGUGUACUCCCAGUCUGUGAGUAGGCUAUUGCUGUUAGCAAAACGCUUCCCGUGUGCACAUCGUGCUAUGGCGGUCCGUCGUGUCGUCACUCGGCUCCAAAGCGCAUCUCACGUAUCGUUGUUAUCCUUUGUUCUGAGCUAAUUUACGCGGUGACAAACGCUCUAUAUUAUCGUGCACUCGAACCAGAAACAGCCAAGGCGCAUACAUUCCUUGAUUCCAUAUGUAUGGCGAAAUAUAUACGAAACCCAUG